AAACACGUGGCUUUAUAAAUGAGAGGCGAGCUGACAGGAAUUCCCAUAAAAGCCACCAAAGCCAUCAUCUAGAACACCAACCGUCGUCCGGACCACAACAAAAUUAUUGCGCAGCCAUUUUGAAAUUUUGAAAUUUGAACCGGACUGAAGUCGGUUGUGUUCAUUCGCUGCUGCGGAAUGUUCUUAUUGCUGUUUUCUCUUGUGACGCUGAUUCAUGUUGUUGUGCCCCAUGGGAGGAUAAUAGACCCCCCGGGGAGAUCGACCAUGUGGAGGUAUGGCUUCGACACACCCCAAAACUACGACGACAAUGCCCUUUUCUGCGGUGGUCGCGCGCACCAGUGGGAGCAUAUGAACGGCCUGUGUGGGCUCUGUGGUGACCCCUAUGACCAACGACCUCGACCUCACGAAGCUGGCGGCAAAUACGCCAAGGGCAUCGUGACCGAGACCUUUCUCCAAGGGCAGAUAAUCAACGUAAAGAUCGAGGUGACUGCUAAUCACGGUGGCGUCUUUGCGUUCCGCCUGUGUCCCCUACUCUGGUACAUGGGCGAGGCCAAUGAGCCGUGCUUUGAGCGGAACCAACUUCGACUUGUUGACGGGAGCAGCAAGUUCAUCAUCCCUCCCCCAGCUGUAGCCCGGGUGUACUCCAUCCCCCUAGUGCUCCCACAGGGCGUCAUCUGUACCAGGUGCGUCAUCCAGUGGACGUGGACGACAGCCAACUCGUGGGGUUGUGACGACAACACAGAGUGCUGCAUUGGGUGUGGUCCCCAGGAGCAGUUUGUCAACUGUGCAGACAUCGCAAUCAUCCCCGUCAGACAGGGCCAACGAUUCCGACCGCCGAUGCCAGUAAAGCCAACCCCUACCCGUGUGGUUCAGAGGGACAAGAAGAUCGUGGUAUACGGCUCCGACGGUAAACCUGUGCCCACCCCAGGGCCCGCAAGACGACCAAUCGACACCAAGCCAGCCCCAGUCAACAGUCAGUACCAGCAAUGGCAAAAUCCUAGUUCAGGGCCUCAGCCUUACAGACCUCCGAGGCCUGCUCUACCGCACGUGUAUAACUCGUAUAUCCCCAAACAGCCUCAGAUACAAGCGUUUCAAACUGGUUUGUCAAAUCAAUACAUGGAACCAUCUUACAGUUCAAGAACAGUCCCCAAACCCAAGCCUCAGCCCCGCCCUCAGCCUGUCUCACCCCAAGUGUACAAUGCAUACAUCCCCAAACCGCAAACAGUUACGUCGCGUCAAACCGGUUCAAAUCCUCACGUGGGGCAACCUUAUAGUUCACGAGCCGUAUCGAACCGCCAAAUGUCUCCACCCCCUGCAAGAAGAGCCCCAACGGGACCUGUCGCUGAAAGUGGAUACGGAAGUCCGAAGGCAGCAUCCUUGUCCGAUGUGCCUAGUACCCUUUUAAGCCAACUUGCAUCUCUCAUGAAGAGUGGAAAACCGCCAAGCUGCCAUCCUAAAUUCCAAUCUCUCAACGUUGAUUGCAACAGAAACUGUGCGCCGAGUGGGAAUCACUGUCUCGCUAGGAAACCCUCCGAGUCUCUCAACACUGCCUGCAUGUUACUGUGCUCCGUCGCCAUGUGACACCUGCAGUGUACCAGUACAAUUAUAGUUGUGUGUUUAUGACAAUGAUGGAUCAAGUACGUCAGCAUUUGUCGUGUGAUGAAUGUUAACCACUGUUCGUAUAUGUGUAUGUGUAUAUUUCCGGAAAGUAUUUUAGCAGCAAGACUGAUGCAUUGAGCGUGAGCGUGUCAGAUCGACACACAAGACUGAUGUGUGGAAUGUGAGGAGCGUCUUGCGGGACAGAACAUAUGACAGACUCCGGUGUCAGAUCUACACACAAGACUGAUGUGUGGAAUAUGAGGUGCGUCUUGCAGAACAGAACAUAGGUCAGACUCCUGUGUCAGAUCUACACACAAGACUGAUGUGUGGAAUGUGAGGUGCGUCUUGCAGAACAGAACAUAGGUCAGACUCCUGUGCCAGAUCUACACACAAGACUGAUGUGUGGAAUGUGAUGAGCCUCUUGCAGAACAGAACAUAGGUCAGACUCCUGUGCCAGAUCUACACACAAGACUGAUGUGUGGAAUGUGAGGAGCGUCUUGCAGAACAGAACAUAUGUCAGACUCUUGUGCCAGAUCUACACACAAGACUGAUGUGUGGAAUGUGAGGAGCGUCUUGCAGAACAGAACAUAUGUCAGACUCUUGUGCCAGAUCUACACACAAUACUGAUGUGUGGAAUGUGAUGAGCCUCUUACAGAACAGAACAUAGGUCAGACUCUUGUGCCAGAUCUACACACAAGACUGAUGUGUGGAAUGUGAGGUGCGUCUUGCAGAACAGAACAUAGGUCAGACUCCUGUGUCAGAUCUACACACAAGACUGAUGUGUGGAAUGUGAGGUGCGUCUUGCAGAACAGAACAUAGGUCAAACUCCUGUGUCAGAUCUACACACAAGACUGAUGUGUGGAAUGUGAUGAGCCUCUUGCAGAACAGAACAUAUGUCAGACUCCCGUGCCAGAUCUACACACAAGACUGAUGUGUGGAAUGUGAGGUGCGUCUUGCAGAACAGAACAUAUGUCAGACUCCUGCGUCAGAUCUACACACAAGACUGAUGUGUGGAAUGUGAUGAGCCUCUUGCAGAACAGAACAUAUGUCAGACUCCCGUGCCAGAUCUACACACAAGACUGAUGUGUGGAAUGUGAGGUGCGUCUUGCAGAACAGAAUAUAGGUCAGACUCCUGUGCCAGAUCUACACACAAGACUGAUGUGUGGAAUGUGAUGAGCCUCUUGCAGAACAGAACAUUGGUCAGACUCCUGUGCCAGAUCUACACAAAAGACUGAUGUGUGGAAUGUGAGGUGCGUCUUGCAGAACAGAACAUAGGUCAGACUCCUGUGUCAGAUCUACACACAAGACUGAUGUGUGGAAUGUGAGGUGCGUCUUGCAGAACAGAACAUAGGUCAGACUCUUGUGUCAGAUCUACACACAAGACUGAUGUGUGGAAUGUGAUGAGCCUCUUGCAGAACAGAACAUAUGUCAGACUCCCGUGCCAGAUCUACACACAAGACUGAUGUGUGGAAUGUGAUGAGCCUCUUGCAGAACAGAACAUAGGUCAGACUCCUGUGCCAGAUCUACACACAAGACUGAUGUGUGGAAUGUGAGGUGCGUCUUGCAGAACAGAACAUAGGUCAGACUCCUGUGCCAGAUCUACACACAAGACUGAUGUGUGGAAUGUGAUGAGCCUCUUGCAGAACAGAACAUAGGUCAGACUCCUGUGCCAGAUCUACACACAAGACUGAUGUGUGGAAUGUGAGGUGCGUCUUGCAGAACAGAAUAUAGGUCAGACUCCUGUGCCAGAUCUACACACAAGACUGAUGUGUGGAAUGUGAUGAGCCUCUUGCAGAACAGAACAUAGGUCAGACUCCUGUGUCAGAUCUACACACAAGACUGAUGUGUGGAAUGUGAGGUGCGUCUUGCAGAACAGAACAUAUGUCAGACUCCUGUGUCAGAUCUACACACAAGACUGAUGUGUGGAAUGUGAUGAGCCUCUUGCAGAACAGAACAUAGGUCAGUCUCCUGUGCCAGAUCUACACACAAGACUGAUGUGUGGAAUGUGAGGUGCGUCUUGCAGAACAGAACAUAGGUCAAACUCCUGUGUCAGAUCUACACACAAGACUGAUGUGUGGAAUGUGAUGAGCCUCUUGCAGAACAGAACAUAUGUCAGACUCCUGUGCCAGAUCUACACACAAGACUGAUGUGUGGAAUGUGAGGUGCGUCUUGCAGAACAGAACAUAGGUCAGACUCCUGUGCCAGAUCUACACACAAGACUGAUGUGUGGAAUGUGAGGUGCGUCUUGCAGAACAGAACAUAGGUCAGACUCCUGUGUCAGAUCUACACACAAGACUGAUGUGUGGAAUGUGAUGAGCCUCUUGCAGAACAGAACAUAGGUCAGACUCCUGUGCCAGAUCUACACACAAGACUGAUGUGUGGAAUGUGAUGAGCCUCUUGCAGAACAGAACAUAGGUCAGACUCCUGCGUCAGAUCUACACACAAGACUGAUGUGUGGAAUGUGAGGUGCGUCUUGCAGAACAGAACAUAGGUCAGACUCCUGUGCCAGAUCUACACACAAGACUGAUGUGUGGAAUGUGUUGAGCCUCUUGCAGAACAGAACAUAUGUCAGACUCCUGUGCCAGAUCUACACACAAGACUGAUGUGUGGAAUGUGAGGUGCGUCUUGCAGAACAGAACAUAGGUCAGACUCCUGUGCCAGAUCUACACACAAGACUGAUGUGUGGAAUGUGAUGAGCCUCUUGCAGAACAGAACAUAGGUCAGACUCCUGUGCCAGAUCUACACACAAGACUGAAGUGUGGAAUGUGAUGAGCCUCUUGCAGAACAGAACAUAUGUCAGACUCUUGUGCCAGAUCUACACACAAGACUGAUGUGUGGAAUGUGAUGAGCCUCUUGCAGAACAGAACAUAUGUCAGACUCUUGUGCCAGAUCUACACACAAGACUGAUGUGUGGAAUGUGAGGUGCGUCUUGCAGAACAGAACAUAUGUCAGACUCUUGUUCCAGAUCUACACACAAUACUGAUGUGUGGAAUGUGAUGAGCCUCUUGCAGAACAGAACAUAGGUCAGACUCCUGCGUCAGAUCUACACACAAGACUGAUGUGUGGAAUGUGAGGUGCGUCUUGCAGAACAGAACAUAGGUCAGACUCCUGUGCCAGAUCUACACACAAGACUGAUGUGUGGAAUGUGAUGAGCCUCUUGCAGAACAGAACAUAGGUCAGACUCCUGUGCCAGAUCUACACACAAGACUGAUGUGUGGAAUGUGAGGUGCGUCUUGCAGAACAGAACAUAGGUCAGACUCCCGUGCCAGAUCUACACACAAGACUGAUGUGUGGAAUGUGAUGAGCCUCUUGCAGAACAGAACAUAGGUCAGACUCCUGUGCCAGAUCUACACACAAGACUGAUGUGUGGAAUGUGAUGAGCCUCUUGCAGAACAGAACAUAGGUCAGACUCCUGCGUCAGAUCUACACACAAGACUGAUGUGUGGAAUGUGAUGAGCCUCUUGCAGAACAGAACAUAUGUCAGACUCCUGUGCCAGAUCUACACACAAGACUGAUGUGUGGAAUGUGAGGUGCGUCUUGCAGAACAGAACAUAUGUCAGACUCCUGCGUCAGAUCUACACACAAGACUGAUGUGUGGAAUGUGAUGAGCCUCUUGCAGAACAGAACAUAUGUCAGACUCCCGUGUCAGAUCUACACACAAGACUGAUGUGUGGAAUCUGAGGUGCGUCUUGCAGAACAGAAUAUAGGUCAGACUCCUGUGUCAGAUCUACACACAAGACUGAUGUGUGGAAUGUGAUGAGCCUCUUGCAGAACAGAACAUUGGUCAGACUCCUGUGCCAGAUCUACACAAAAGACUGAUGUGUGGAAUGUGAGGUGCGUCUUGCAGAACAGAACAUAGGUCAGACUCCUGUGUCAGAUCUACACACAAGACUGAUGUGUGGAAUGUGAGGUGCGUCUUGCAGAACAGAACAUAGGUCAGACUCCUGUGUCAGAUCUACACACAAGACUGAUGUGUGGAAUGUGAUGAGCCUCUUGCAGAACAGAACAUAUGUCAGACUCUUGUGCCAGAUCUACACACAAGACUGAUGUGUGGAAUGUGAUGAGCCUCUUGCAGAACAGAACAUAGGUCAGACUCCUGUGCCAGAUCUACACACAAGACUGAUGUGUGGAAUGUGAGGUGCGUCUUGCAGAACAGAAUAUAGGUCAGACUCCUGUGCCAGAUCUACACACAAGACUGAUGUGUGGAAUGUGAUGAGCCUCUUGCAGAACAGAACAUAGGUCAGACUCCUGUGUCAGAUCUACACACAAGAGUGAUGUGUGGAAUGUGAGGUGCGUCUUGCAGAACAGAACAUAGGUCAGACUCCUGUGUCAGAUCUACACACAAGACUGAUGUGUGGAAUGUGAUGAGCCUCUUGCAGAACAGAACAUAGGUCAGACUCCUGUGCCAGAUCUACACACAAGACUGAUGUGUGGAAUGUGAGGUGCGUCUUGCAGAACAGAACAUAGGUCAAACUCCUGUGUCAGAUCUACACACAAGACUGAUGUGUGGAAUGUGAUGAGCCUCUUGCAGAACAGAACAUAGGUCAGACUCCUGUGCCAGAUCUACACACAAGACUGAUGUGUGGAAUGUGAGGUGCGUCUUGCAGAACAGAACAUAGGUCAGACUCCCGUGCCAGAUCUACACACAAGACUGAUGUGUGGAAUGUGAGGUGCGUCUUGCAGAACAGAACAUAGGUCAGACUCCUGUGUCAGAUCUACACACAAGACUGAUGUGUGGAAUGUGAUGAGCCUCUUGCAGAACAGAACAUAGGUCAGACUCCCGUGCCAGAUCUACACACAAGAGUGAUGUGUGGAAUGUGAGGUGCGUCUUGCAGAACAGAACAUAGGUCAGACUCCUGUGUCAGAUCUACACAAAAGACUGAUGUGUGGAAUGUGAUGAGCCUCUUGCAGAACAGAACAUAUGUCAGACUCUUGUGCCAGAUCUACACACAAGACUGAUGUGUGGAAUGUGAGGUGCGUCUUGCAGAACAGAACAUAUGUCAGACUCUUGUGCCAGAUCUACACACAAGACUGAUGUGUGGAAUGUGAGGUGCGUCUUGCAGAACAGAACAUAUGUCAGACUCUUGUGCCAGAUCUACACACAAUACUGAUGUGUGGAAUGUGAUGAGCCUCUUGCAGAACAAAACAUAUGUCAGACUCCUGCGUCAGAUCUACACACAAGAGUGAUGUGUGGAAUGUGAGGUGCGUCUUGCAGAACAGAACAUAGGUCAGACUCCUGUGCCAGAUCUACACACAAGACUGAUGUGUGGAAUGUGAUGAGCCUCUUGCAGAACAGAACAUAGGUCAGACUCCCGUGCCAGAUCUACACACAAGACUGAAGUGUGGAAUGUGAGGUGCGUCUUGCAGAACAGAACAUAGGUCAGACUCCUGUGCCAGAUCUACACACAAGACUGAUGUGUGGAAUGUGAUGAGCCUCUUGCAGAACAGAACAUAUGUCAGACUCUAGUGCCAGAUUUACACACAAGACUGAUGUGUGGAAUGUGAGGUGCGUCUUGCAGAACAGAACAUAUGUCAGACUCUUGUGCCAGAUCUACACACAAGACUGAUGUGUGGAAUGUGAGGUGCGUCUUGCAGAACAGAACAUAUGUCAGACUCUUGUGCCAGAUCUACACACAAGACUGAUGUGUGGAAUGUGAUGAGCCUCUUGCAGAACAGAACAUAGGUCAGACUCCCGUGCCAGAUCUACACACAAGACUGAUGUGUGGAAUGUGAUGAGCCUCUUGCAGAACAGAACAUAGGUCAGACUCCUGUGCCAGAUCUACACACAAGACUGAUGUGUGGAAUGUGAUGAGCCUCUUGCAGAACAGAACAUAGGUCAGACUCCUGCGUCAGAUCUACACACAAGACUGAUGUGUGGAAUGUGAUGAGCCUCUUGCAGAACAGAACAUAUGUCAGACUCCUGUGUCAGAUCUACACACAAGACUGAUGUGUGGAAUGUGAGGUGCGUCUUGCAGAACAGAACAUCGGAGGACAGCUGGCUGGAACAGAAUGGAUUUGUUCCAUGUCUGUUUCCUCUUUUUCAGUUUGUGCAUUCUACCAAUUACUAUUAAAGACAUUCAACGGGUUUUUCAUGUCCUUAAUAAGCCCAUUUAGUGGAGUAUGCUUCGACAUCGGCAUCCGUAAUGAUUUUAAAGCUGUGAUCCCAAUUGGCAGGAGGUUGCUCGGGAUAUUUUGGUCCAUAUUUGAAUAAAUGACGAUGGCUGUUUUUGUCAACAAUAUGUGAUUAUGGUUGGUAGUAGUAUGAGAAGUCUUGGCAGACACAAGUAGUGGAAUUUACAUCAUGAGCGGCCAAGUCCACGUUCCGCAACACUUUCCUUGAUUGAACAACCUGGAUGAAAUGGUUGGUGGUUCCUAAAAUGUUUUGGAAAACUGAUUUUGGUAUGAGAAUGUAACUUAAAUUUAAGGCAUCAAUUUAAUUAUCAAUUCCAAACCAUGUUGAGAUGUAUUUAACAACUAAUAAUUAUGUUGGCAAUCCUUGUUUCAUGUGACAAUUUAUGCGGCAUGUAGUCCAAACGUCUUCACUCGGACAACGCACUGCCAGGUGAUACAGUGGGGAAGUGACACUACAUUAAUCCACAAAUUGCUUUGUAUCUAACAGGAAUUAAAGUAGUCAUGGAAA